UCAAGUGAAGACCAUGCAUGGCGUGAAUAUGGUGGCCGUACAUGAACUCCAUUGCCCCUCCUCUGCCCUCUGAUCGGUACAUCCUUGCCACUUGAUGAGCAUUCAUCUAUUCCUCAAGCUAUUAGGAUCAAAGACAGGAGCCGGCGGGCGUAUUAUUUGUGUAUAGGGGCCAACGAAAUCCUCUUGCACGCGCCCAGUUCAAGGCGAGUUAAUAAUUCCUUACGGGUUACGAUCAUUCAACCAGAUCCAUGUUAGCUCGUUUAGGUCGGCCCGGCCGUAAUCGUGGCGACCGUGCGAGCCGUCUAGCCGCCGAUUGAUGGAAGGGGGGAGUAAUGCUCACGGGACGGCGGGCGAGCCCAACGCCAAUGCUCAUCAUCAGAACGAGGAUGCUGCCAGCGCCAGCAAGUUGCCGCUGGUGGUGCCGGCGCCGGAGAAGGAGGAGGAGCACGGCGACGGCAGGCCGAUGACCCCGGGCGCCCCCGCGGGCGUGCCGCGCGGGUGCUGCGCGGUGUACGUGGGCGCGGAGCGGCGGCGGUUCGUGGUGCCGACGGCGUACCUGGGCAACCCUGUGUUCCGGCGGCUGCUGGAGAAGGCGGAGGAGGAGUUCGAGUUCGUUUACGUGGGCGGCGCGCUCACCAUCCCCUGCGACACGGAGUCCUUCAAGUACAUCCUCGCCGUCAUGGAGCGGCACCGGAAGGGCCUCGUCGUCGUGGACCACGAAGGGAAUACCACGGAGACGCCCAAGGCGGCAGCAGGUGGAUCAUCAUCAUCAUCGCCGGGUAAUCCGGAAUGAGUUGGGACAAGACGUGACUGGACCUGAGCAACGGCCACAUGCAUGUUCAAUUUUGUGAGAUCGUGAUUCUUGCCCUUGCGUCCGGACAUGCUCCAAUGGAAAUUGUGAGAUCGAGUCGCAGUGUGUUUUACCGCUAUCUGCAAGAACCGGAUGAAGGCAUCUUAUGAUUUACUGUAAACUAGUAGGGCGACCCAUGCAUUUGCGAGGCUAAAUUUAUAUAGUAUUGUCGUAGUUGUCGUUUUAGAUUUCGAUAUGGCAUUUUGCGCAUAGCUUUGGUCAUUAUUAUUGUAUAAACAUGCACUUAUGCAGAUCAACUAAUGAUUGUAUUACUAAGUGGUUGGUGAUGAAAAAAAUAUUAUUUAUGUACA